AUGGCUGCCGCCAGAGAACACGAACCGCGUGUAUUUAACCUCAUGCGCGUCUCCAUCACGUUCCUCCUCGUCGCCGCGGUACUCGUAGGCAGCGUCGCCGCUGCGCCGGAUGCUGCGAGUUCCGCACCAUCGCCAUAUCUCCGAAAAUCCCAAGGCCUCCUCAACCGAUUCAACCUUUGGCGCAAUAAAUUCCACCUCAAGCCCUCGCAACCCACUGGCGCUGCUGCUGCUACAGGCGGAGCAGCUGUAGCGGCGGCGAAGACUGUGACGCCUGCCGCCACGGGCACGUGCCAGGCGUCGACUCUCGCGGGUUACACGAGCUCCGUGGACCUUUCGGGCAACGGGCUCAUCCUUCACUGGAAGACGUCAACGGGGUCAACGAUCGACCUCGCGCUCGAGGCCAAGUCAACGAGCGGCGCGGCGAGCGGGUGGUUCGCGGUCGCAUGGACUAACGGCGGCAUGUUCAACUCCGACGCGGUCAUCGGGAACCUCGCGACGGCCAGCGGCGUCGGCACGUACGCGAUAUCGAGCUACUCGAGUGUGGUUACCACGACGCGCUUCGCCAUCACGGGCACGAGCGUUGCUUCGUCAGGCGGAAGCACGAUCGUGAAGUUCACGCGCGGCACGGGAGACGGGCUUGUGAAGGUGAACGGGGCGGGGAGCAACAGCCUCGUGUGGGCUUACUCUUCUGGCGGCUCGAAGACUGUCGCCAACCAUGGCGGCUCGCACAGAGGAGCCAAGUCUGUUGAUUUCUCUUGCGACGGCACGGGCUCAAGCUCGGGGUCAAGCGGGUCAGGCUCGGGAUCAGGCUCGGGAUCAGGCUCGGGCACCGGAGCAGGCACGUGCACGGGUAACACGGGCGUGAGCGGCACGGCAUGCCCUGCGUCCACCCUCUGCGGCUACUCCUACCAGGCGCAGAUCAAACCUGGCGUUCUGCUGCACUGGAAGCGCGCGUCCGCCACGCAGCUGGACAUGGCUGUGGAGCUCAAGAGCAGCAGCGGCGCCAGCAACGGCUGGUUCGCCCUCGGCUGGGGAGGACGCAUGGCUCCUUCCGAUGCUGUCAUUGGCAACAGGGCCGGGGGAAUCACCAGCGCGUACCACAUCACUGGCUACAGCAUGUCCUCGUUACAAGGCGGCUCGUUUAGCAUUGGCAGCAGCGCUGGGACCGUGAAGUCUGCUACGGGCUCCACAGUUAUCCAGUUCUCGCGCACGGCCAACACGGGUUCUCAAGGCAUGAAGAUGAGCGGCGUCAGUCGGCUCGUAUGGGCGCACUCCAACUCCAACUCCAAGUCUCUUGCCUUCCACGGCGGCGCUGAUGGCUACAUGUCCGUGGACUUUUCCUGUGCCACUGCCCCAUCCUCUGGCGGCGGCGGUGGGGGCGAUGAUGAUGGUGGCGAUGGCGAUGGUGAUCACGAGGGGGGUGGUGAUUAUGAUGGUGAUGGCGACGGUGGCUUCGGCGGUGGUGGUUCCGGUGCAGGGAGCGCGCUGUUCUCGCAGUUCAUCGCUUGGCUCGGCUCGCUCUUCGGCUUCCGCAAGUAG